AGCAAGGAAUGAGAAAAAGCAUUACUAAUUCUCUUCUGGAAUAUAUUUUUCGCAUCCCAAGGUCAACUGCGUGAUUAUCUUCUACAUGGAAUAAAUACAUCUAUCUCUAAGCAUAGCGGACCCAGAGACGACGAUAGCUCAGCCAUGCCCGACAUGCCCAUAUUGCAGGAAACCCAUGUUCACCUAGUGUGUGAUCUAUUCAUACUUCAGGAGAGUGCUUUAUAUCUGCUUGUCAAGAGCUAGCAGUCUUCAUUCUAUCUGUGGUGAGUUUACUUAUAUGCCGAAUCUCAAGCCGGCCGAGUACCACUGAGUCACCUCAUCCGACCCAUAGCUUUCAUUUGUCAGCGCGUAACUGUCCACCUGUAUAUCCGUCUAGCUUCAUAUCCGCGAAACAAGUAUUUCCUAGAUCUGUCUUCUCACGCCAUCUAUCUGUUAGCCACUGUGUCACUGUGCUUCCCACACCAUGGCCUCUGUCGCCCACAUUCGCCUUGCCGUCCUUGACGAUUAUGCAGAGCUGGCAGAAAAGCACUUCCGUUCUGCAGGCCUCAACCUGGAGAGCUACCAUUCCUUUCCCAAAACACUAGAUCCAAAGACACCAGACGGCCUCGCUGCACUGACAGCCCAGCUCGAACCAUUCAAUGUCAUUAGCACAAUGCGCGAGCGAACGCCCUUCCCGGCAGAGCUCCUAACUUCCCUUCCCAACCUCAAGCUACUCCUUACGACAGGAAUGAGGAAUGCCUCCCUUGAUCUCGAAACCGCCAGACAACGCGGUAUCCUGGUCGCGGGCACGCAAGCGAAACCCCCAGCCGACAGCCUGGACUUCCGCCUCCCACCCUCCACACACGACACCACAACCCAACAGGCAAUAUCUCUCCUUCUCAGCCUAACCUCCCGCAUCCCGCACGACCAUCGACAGAUCACGAAUCCAAGCACACCAGAUGCAUGGCAAAGCGGCUUCAGCAUCCCCCUGUACGGCAAGACCCUAGGCGUCAUCGGACUCGGCAAGCUGGGCACCAACCUCGCGCGCAUCUGCGUGCAAGCAUUCGGCAUGAAGGUCAUCUGCUGGAGCAGCAAUCUCGACCAGAGCAAGGCCGACGACGCAGCGGCCGGCGCGGGACUCCCCGCCGGGAGCUUCACGGCCGUUGCAAAACAGGAGCUUCUCCGGACGGCGGACGUUGUCAGUCUCCAUCUCGUGCUUUCGGAUCGCUCGCGCGGCACGCUGAAGGCGGAGGAUCUCGCUCUGCUCAAACCAAGUGCUUUGCUCGUCAAUACUGCGAGAGCGGGGUUGAUCGAGGAAGAUGCUCUGCUACAUGUGCUGGAAAAGGGGCGGAUCGCAGGAGCUGCUCUUGACGUCUUCUGGAAGGAGCCUUUGCCGGAAGAUAGUCUGUGGCGGACAACGAGGUGGGGAGAAGAUGGGCAUAGUAUGGUUGUGUUGAGCCCGCAUAUGGGCUAUGUCAAUGAAGUGACUAUGCGGUGGUGGUACAAAGAACAGGCUCAGGAGGUGAAGAGAUGGUCUGAGGGCGAGUCGCCGCUGAACAUUAUGAAUAAUCCGGUCUCGGCGAGCUAGAUCGUAUUAAAUACAGCCAGACAAUAUGUUCUACCACUCAACGCCCCAGAGACCAGUCUGCACUCUAACUUCACCUUAUUCAUAACACAUAACAUCACACGCAAACACACAAUCACUCAAACCCCAAAACAGACAACCUUCCCAAGAAACACAAAUAACCUCAGAAUCUCACUCAGAUGAAAUUCUCAUGAACCAAAAGUGCAAGAACUACAUUACGCAUAGACAUAAAUAGACAUCACGUGUAUAAGUUUGUGGCCCCAAUCUUGGAAGACAUGCAGCAGCGCAUGCGACCU